AUGAGCCAGCCCACGUGCGGCCUGGCCUCCCAGGCAGAGCUGCAGGCAGCCCUCCCGCCCGCUGGCUACGCCAACAGGCAGCAAGACUCGCAACCUGGCAGCCUUGGACGAACCAAGGACGCGCCCAGCUCCUCGCUGGUGCCGCUGCCCCUGCCGAGGCGGCUGUCGGCUGUGCUGCUCGGCCAGCAGGGCUCUGACGACCUGCAGCACCGGCAGCAGCUGGAGGUGCUGCACCGGCAGCAGAAGGAGCAGCAGACCUGCAGCGCCAGGCAGCUUGGCAGCACACCUGGCACCCAGCCGGCCACCUUCAGCCGCUCCGAGCCCCCAACCUCCACCACCCGCCCUUGGCAGGCGGCUGGCAGGCUGCAUGGCCGCCAGCCGCCGCAGCUGCCGCAGCCCUGGCUGCCACCGCCAGGCCAGGCAGGGGCGGCGGGCGCAGGCAACUCGCCUCGGGCGGCCUCCAAAGUGCGGCGACUGCAUGCUGCGCCAGCUGUGGCAGCUGGGGCGGAUUCGGCAGGGCUGCUGGAGCAGGGCUGGUUCUUUGGGGGCGGCAGCAGAGGCUCCGCCAUGCCGCCACCACGGCCUCCGCCAAACGCAGCCCCCUGGCUCGCCGGCGGGUGGCCCGCAGCAGCCCCGGCUGCAAAGCCCGCUGCCAGGGUCGCCGCUAAGGCAGGCAGGGACGGCGGGGGUGGCGGUGCUGGCGGAGGAUAUCAGCCGAGGCAGCAGCAGCAGCAGCAGCAGCAGCAGCACGGCACAUCCAAACUCAAGGAGCAGGUGAAGAAGCUGGGGAGGCAGCUGCAGAGCCACGCGCUGCACCUGGCGCAGCAGCAAGGCCCCCAAAGCCGCGGGCACAGCCAUGUGCUGCAGCCGGGGCAGGAGCAGGGGCCCCGGAUUGAGCACGCUCAGCAGCAGGGGCGCCGGACACCCGCGCCGGCACUCUCGCGGCACGCCGAGUCGCCGGUGGCUGCCGCCUGCGCUCGGGGCCAGCCAGCGUACGGCAUGUUGCCGCCACUAGAGCCAGCCCCAGCGCUGGCCACUGCCCCCGCCCCCGCUGCCGCGCAACACCCCGCGCCAGCAGCGGCUGUCCCCGAGGCGUGUGCAGCGGCCAGCCCCUCUCCGCGGCCCGCUGCCGCCCCUCCCUCUCCCCCGGCUGCCGCCUACCUGACCGCCUACCUGGCCUGCCUGCCGCGGGGCCCGCAGUGGAGCUGCGCCCUGCAGCUGGUGCACCGCUUGGAUGGCCUGCGCCCCAGCCGCUUGACCCCUGAUGACCUGGCCGCCUGGGCAGCCCAACAGGGCUUUGCCGCCCCAGACCUGCGAGAGGCGCUGGUGGCGCUGCAGGCGGCGGCGGUGCUGGAGCUGCGGCAGCUGCCCGCCACCAGCGGCCCGCCCUGCUCUGGCUCUGCCUGCACCGCCUGGCAGCUGCUGCCGGCCGGAGCUGGGCUGGGCCUGGCAGAGCGCGACGUGGAGGCUGCAGUCCAGGCUGCCGAGGCAGCGGGAGCGGCUGCCGAGGUGGCGGCGGUUGGCGAGGAAUUGGUGGCAGCGGUUGUUGCCGCGGCAGGCCAGGCAGCUGCCCGCAUGCCUGUGUGGCUGAAGGGGCCUCGCUCGCCGACCAGCGUGGCUCUUCCCUUCAUCAGGCCUGGCGCUGCCGCCAUGCUGCGCGCGCUGCUGGCCAGCCCUCGGCGCCAGCUGCCGACAGACGCGCUGGACGCAGCGGCCGUGGCCGGCGCACUGGAGCGGGCGGCGGGCGGAGGCCAGCGGGUGCCGACAUCCCAGCUGGGCAUGUGGUGCCGGCAGCUGCUGGAGGCAUCCACCCUCCUCGACUCCCGCCAGGCGGCGCGCAGCAGCAGGCUGUGGCACAUCCCGCCCAGCAGAGCCGCGGCCGCAGCAGCGGCUGUCGCUGGCGUGCUGGGGCAGGCUGCGCCCGAGCCAGGCCCACUGCCUGCUCUCGGCGCCGCCAGCAGCGGCAGCAGCGACAGCGAUGCCGAAGGUGCCGCGCCCACCGAGCCGGCAACAAAGGCAGCGUUGCUUGCGGUGCCGGCCGCAGCGCGGCGCAAGCGGCCCCUGGGAGGAAGCGCAGGCUUGCCGCCGCGGCAGAGGCAGAAAGGGGCGGCGGAAGGCGAGGGGGCAGAGGAUGGCUCUGGCGUGGAGGAUGCGGGGCUGGCUGAGGUGCAACCUGGUGGCGACGGCACGGGUGCAGCCGGCAGCCCCCCCAGCCUGGCCCCUGCCCCACUGCUGCCCCCCAUGGAGGAAGCAAUCGAUGUGCUGGAGGCGGCGGCUGGGGACGAUGCAGGGCUGAUGCCGCUGGCGCUGCAGCUGCUGGCAGUUGCCCAGUGGGCGGGGGUGGAGGCACGAAAGGCGGCGGUUUUCGGGGAGUGGUUCCCGGAGAUGCUGCCGCCGCACAGGCUGCUGCUGUACCGCAAGAUUGCCGCGGCAGCUGGCCAGCAGGAUGCUGGCCGCGUGAGAAGCUUGGUCUUGUCGGCGCUUCUGGCGGCCCCUGGCGGCCGCGGUUGA